UGCUGCAAUAUCUACUUGGCAAUUGUCGAGGCAAGUGGCUCGAUUGUGAGAAAAUACGCGUUUCUAAUCAAAUGCUUAGAAUUUGGUGGAGUUCAUUGUCUUAGAUCUACGAACGUCAGUGACCGUCCGAGGCGAUGGAAGUAAUGGAAAUGGCGCUGGUGCGAGCAUUCUGAAUCCGGCGGAGUACAGAGGAUGAUCCAUGGCCGCAACCGUCAUAAAUCAAUGAGCCAUAAUUAAUAACACGGUUAUGGUUGUUAUCUGACAGGAACAUAAGGGAACGAUUGCUCAAUUCAGCUGGAUGAAGUCAAGUGUUCAUAUAUUUUGCAGAUAAUCAAAGGAAUGGCAGGACGCAUGGCUUACAACGCUGCAUAUUGGCUUAAAACUGUGAAAACUGGCACUUUGCUGGCCCAGAAUAUGGCUCUUCACGAAAGGACCAUGGCAGACAUGCUCAGUCAAAGGAGACAUACUCCAAGGGUCUGGGCCAGACCCACUCGUGCCUUGAUGGAUGAGCCAUUCCAGCUGGAGGUGGCCUGUCUUCCUCCACACUGUCCAGUCACGCUGCGUAGCACCUUGUGCAAUGAGGGGAAUGAUCUCUGGGAGGCGUUCUCUCACUAUGUGAGUGAUGAGAGAGGAAGGGUAAACGUAUCAAAAGAUGAAUCUUUGGGGGGAUCAUACGUUGGCUGUGAACCAAUGGGUCUGUUGUGGAGUCUGCGUCUAGCUGUUGGAGGGAGGCAGCCUGUUAGACUACGGAAGAAGAAUAUUCAGACUCCCUUUGUCGUUGACAUUUCCCUGUUUGAUGGCCAUAUUACAGAUAACUUUAAUACUCAGACUGCCUUGGCUGUGACAACCAUGGAGCGAUGGUACAUGGCACCUGGAGUCCGCUGCAUAGAGGUGCGAGAGAAUGGUGUGGUGGGCACCCUCUUUAUUCCCCCAGGGCCUGGUCCUUUCCCUGCUCUUCUGGAUGUCUGGGGCCUGGGGGGACUUAUGGAACACCGUGCAGCACUUCUGGCUUCUAGAGGCUAUGCCUGUUUGGCACUGGCAUACAUAAAUCACCCAGAACUGCAACUUGGCAGCGGCAUGGGUAUCAGCUACUUUCAGGAGUCUUGGAACUUGCUGCAGUCAGUGCCACAAGUCUCAGCUGAUAGACUGGGUUUACUAGGAUCUUGUUUUGGAGCUGCUAUUUUCAUUCUGAUGGCUUCUGAGUUACCAGAUAUUUCUCCACGGUGUCUUGUUGCCAUUAAUUCCCCCAGUGGACUCCUCAACCCUGGAGAAGGAAAUUAUUUGGAGAAAUUACAAAGGCUUCUACCUGAGACAAAACUGGAUGCAAAUGGUCAUUUCAUGAUAAAAGAUGCCAUACUGGCAUUUGGAAUAGACCUGGAGAGGAGUUUACAGGCAGGUGGAAUUCAGUGUCCAGUAUUACUCAUUGUUGGAGAGGAUGAUCAGUGCGUUCCAUCUUUAGAAAGUGCCCAGAAGCUAGAAGCCCAGAUGAGGGCUGUGGGAAAGGGACAUCUGGUAACAAAACUUUCAUACCCUGAGGCUGGACACUUGAUAGAACCUCCCUACCACCCAGUUAUGAGAUCUUCAUCCUUCAUCUUACCAGGCCAAACUGUCACCUUGCUUUGGGGUGGUGUUGGAAAACCACACGCUGCUGCCCAGGAGGAUUCCUGGAGAAGGAUUCUUGAAUUUCUUGACAAACACCUUUAGAGGAAUGUUCAAUAUGGAUAUCAACUCCAAGUCCUGUACAGUAAAGUAGCCAUGCAAAACACAGAUGACACUUUCAAGAAUUCCAGUUCUUAUUAGAAAGAUAUCCUCCAAAACUUGAACAGCGACUCUUCAAGAAUAAGCGGCCAUUUCUUUUUUUGAUGCCCAAAGUUAUUUAGUGAAACAGAAACAAGGAAGUAGAUAAGUUAACAUGAAUAUGGAAGGAGCAAAUACCACUAUGAAGGGUAACACAAAGUAUAGUGCUUUUAAAGAGUUGUGCAGAACAAGAAAGAUGAGUGAAGAUAAGUAAAACCCAGAAGACAAGACCAAUCCAAACAACAGCAGCACUUUAGAUGAGGUACUACCUAUAAGGUGUCUGUUACUAACAUACUGAUGUGUGACAUGACUUUGACAAAAACUGCUUUUGGUCUUAAUAACCCAAAGCAUUAGUAAAGUGGUUAUUCAUCUCUCUGCUGUGUGACAUGUUAAAACCUUGUGAUAUGCUGGUUAAAUUACUUUUGAACAUCAGUGCUUCAUUUGAACUUAUUAAGCAUCAGCUAUGGAUUCACAAGCCUUACACUGAAGUAUGCAAUAUUAAGUGAGAGAUUAUAACCCUGAAUGAAUAGAGGGCAAGAAGAUUAAAAAGAAAGAAAACUGAUUUGUCUGUCUUACUCACAGUGAGACAUGCAAGUGUACUGCUGUUGGUAUAAUGGAGUCCCAGUAGUGUUUCUUGACACACUUCUCCUGAAUAAAUUGUUGGUUGAAACUC